AUGUUCGGAACUCGUCAGAAAGCUGAGAACAAUUCACAUGGAUCUUCUGCUGAAUAUCGCAAAACAGCGUUAGUAAUCGGUAACAGUCAUUAUCAGAGAAAUUCCAAAUUAAAUAAUACAGUGAACGAUGCAAAUGGAAUGUGUGACGCUCUACGAUCAAUCGGUUUCAAAGUUUCGAAAGGACUCGAUCUGACAUACGGUCAAAUGCAGUCAGACAUAAAUAAGUUUAUUGAUGAUAUUCAACCUAAGGAUAUGGCUUUGUUCUAUUUUUCUGGUCAUGGGACACAGUGGGAAGAUCAGAACUUUUUGGUAGCUUGUGAUGAUGAAAAUUUGACAAAAGAAAAUAUCACUCGCUCUGCCAUCAAUGCUCAAGAUGUUCUCAAACACAUGACCAAUCGCAAGCCAUUUGCUAGUAUUUUCAUCCUCGAUUGUUGUCGUACUUAUUAUCUACGUAGUUCAGCGCUGAAUAGCGGCAAUGACUCAGAAACACAUGGUCUUGCACCGAUGCAUGGAGAUGGAAAUACAUUCAUCUGUUUUGCUUGUGCACCCAACCAAACAUCAUCGGAUGAAAAUAGCACCGAUAAUCAUGGCACCUAUACUAAACAUCUCCUUCGUCAUAUUACAAAACCAAAUGAACAACUACAAGACUUGAUGAUCGAUGUCACCCAUGAUGUUGUUAGAGAAACAGGUGGAGCUCAACAACCUUGGCAACAUAUGUCAUUCACCCAUGGAGAUAUCUAUCUUGCUCAUCGUGCUGAUGAGGACAUGGUAAAUUCUCAUUUCCAGGAAGUUUAA